AUGAGCGGCGAAACCAAGUCGCAGGAUGCGAGGAUUGCUAAACUGGCGCCCGGCUCUUCUUGUUCAUCAGAGGGUGCAUCAUCAAACUCUAGUCUGCUGAAAGUAGCAGACUGGAAUGGCCCCGACGACCCCGAAAAACCAAUAAACUGGUCUCGAAGCAAAAAGAACAAAGUUCUCGGCUCAGUCUGCAUGAUGCGUUUCACAACUCCACUCGCAUCUUCAAUGAUGGCUCCAGCAUUGCUACAAAUUGAAAACGAGUUCGAAGGCACAUCCUCCAUGUUGAUGAACUUUGCAGUAUCUAUCUACAUUAUUGGGUUCGGAAUAGGGCCCCUGCUACUAGCACCGCUAUCCGAGAUAUAUGGUCGAAAUAAAAUAUACCACGGCGGCAACGUUUUAUUUACAGUCUGUACAGCAUGCUGUGGACUUUCACCCAAUGCAACAUCACUUCUGAUAUUUCGGUUGCUUUCUGGCAUAAUGGGAGGUGCCCCAUUGACAAAUGGCGGUGGAACUAUUGCAGAUCUGGUUCCUGUGCACGAGCGAGGGUUUAUUAUGAGUGUCUUCAGUCUCAGCAUGUUGCUUGCUCCAGUCCUGGGACCUGUGGCCGGUGGGUUCAUAUCCCAGGAAGCCGACUGGAGAUGGAUCUUCUGGCUUUUGACAAUUCUGAGUGGUGUUACCACUCUUGUUGGAUUUAUCUUCUUACGCGAGACAUAUGGUCCAACGCUUCUCGAACUGAAAGCUGCCCAGAUACGGAAACAAAGCGGAGACCCAGACAUUCAAUCCGCAGCUAAAUCAGCACUACCAUUUCAGCAACUAUUUUUGCUGGCUAUUAUGCGUCCCAUGAAGCUCCUCUGCACAAGCCCAGUCAGCAUCGUUAUGGCACUUUAUAUGGGUCUCAUCUACGGCAUCAUAUACCUCUUGUUCACCUCAUAUACAGCGGUAUUCCAAGAACAGUACGGAUUUAGUCAAGGGCUUGCAGGGCUUACAUACCUUGAGAGAGCAGAAUAUCAUCUCCUGAUGUUAAUUCCCGCUGCCGUCUCGCUGCCUACUGGACUCGUCAUUUACGGCUGGACAGCGCAAUAUCGCGUUCAUUGGAUUGUUCCUAUCAUAGGCACAUUUUUUAUUGGAGUUGGCUUCUCAAGUUCAAUGACUAGCGUGCAAACAUAUUUAGUCGGUGCUUUUACCGCAUACUCUGCUAGUGCUCUUGCCGCGAACAAUCUCGUCCGUAGUCUGAUAGGUGGUGUCGUGCCCCUGUCUGGCCCAGAAAUGUACGGCAAGCUUGGGCUUGGCUGGGGAAAUACACUGUUAGCCCUUCUGGCUUUGAUAUUUGGACUUGCUCCGCUGUGGUUCUAUAAGACCAAGGAAAAAGAAAUCGAGAGCAAGGCUAUACCUGUCUAA